UUAUUUCCGCUGGCUGGUCAGAUUGUAAACAAUAAUGGAGAGUGUUCACCCGUGGGAGACCUGCAUGGAGUUUUAUUUUGAGAUUGGCCUCAAAUAUAAAGACAUAAAAUCAGUACUUGCCGAUAAACACGGCUUUCAUAUUAGUGAGAGACAUCUGAAGCGACUCCUUAACGAACGAGGACACUAAAGGGACAUGGAAUUAAAAAAAAAAAUAAGUAAAAAAAACCCCCAAAACUAUGUGCUUUUGCGAGAUCUCGGAAAACUUUUUGCGAGAUCUCGCAAAAUCUUAAAGGCUUAUGGACUGGUGGUGGUAGCCCGGUCAUUUGGGAAUCAACAGGAUGUCAGGAAGACCAACGAGUUAUGGAGGAGGAUUUGGAGCAGUUUCUGCGGUCAAGAGGGAUCCCUCAAGCAGACAUCAUUCGCAUGACAAGAGACAAGGUGGACAAAGCAGUCAUUUCUAUUAUGACUGAUGAGCAAAUGGCCAAAUACAUCAGUUCAUAUGGUGACCGAAUAUCUGUCCUUUCCUUCUGCAAGCAAACAAUGUCCAGCCCUGAUAAAGAGACUCUUAUACAAAGAAUAAGAGAUAAAAUAGAAACUCGGAAAAUGAGCUCAAGGAGAAAAGGUUUGCAAAACCCAGGAGAGGGUAUGUCAAGACAGAGAAACCUCUCAGCAGAAAAGUCUUCUAGGAAGAUUGAAAUUGGAUGGCUUCACUUUGAUAAAAAUGAAUAUCAUCAAGUGAGAACCAACAAUGGUGGAGGAACAAGACAUGUAUCUGUAGAAAAAACAUCAACUGUUGCUCAGAUUUUGGAGCUAGGAAAGGAGCUGUUUUUCCCAAAUGGGCACUCAACCAAAGGGCAUACUGAUGACUUUACCUUUGAGGUCUGUGAUUUUAAAAGAAAGCAGAUUCCUUUAGAUGACACAGUUGGCAGACUGUACGAACAAACAAAACUGAAGCUGCUUAGAUUUUACAUUUGCACUAAAGAGGAAGGACCUUCACCAGAUCAGUCUUCAACUGAAGAGGAUUACUGUGAAGCUUCAUCUGUCAGCAUCCCUGAGGGAGCAGGUUCACAGUUGACCAAGGAUGGAUCUCACCUUGAUGUACAUGACUCCAUUACAGAUCCACUGGAUCAUGGACACUCAUCUGACAGUGACAUAAGCCAACAGAAUGAGAUGCCAGCAACGGGAAACACUUAUUUUCUCACCAGUAAGAAAUAG